UCUGAUUCAUGGCCAGUGGUCAAGGACUAAGGAGUAAGGACCUGAUUGAUUCACGGCUUCACGCUACCGGCAUCGGUGUGGUGUAGCGUCAGCGUCAGCGUAUCCAAGGAGAGAAAGUCUAUUAAUUUACUUUCGAUUUCCUCGUCCAAGAUGCAGAACGAGGAGCGGAAGAGAGCGUGGGAGCUUCUGACGGCGGCCCGGGUGCCCGAGGUGUCUUCGGGUUUCGACCGGCCGCUCAGCACGGCGGACUUUCUGCCUUAUACGGCCGCCUGCGAGGGCCACUUGGAACGGGUGAUUGAGGCCCUCGAGGAACGAGCCACCCGGGAUGCAACAGAGGCUGAGAAGAGCAAGCUUAUUGCUGAGGCGGUACUCCUUGCUGGAGAACACUCAGCAAAAAGCCUGUGGACGACAGACAACUCCCUCGCUCUUGGCAGCAAGCUCCUUGGCCUCCUCUUGUCUAAGGAAAACCACCCCAGCCUCAGCCUCCUCUUGACUUGCAAUAAUCAGAAAAUUUUCAAAACAGCACUCGAUGCUCUCAGGCCAACGCUGCUUCAAAAAACUUGGAAGAAAUUCCCUGCAGCGAUCCUCUGCUUCUCUUGGAUUCUUAAACAUGUCAAAUCUCCUCACUUGGGUGAUCAUUUAAACAAAGUGCUACCGACUGCAUUGAUAAUCACCGACGAUUUCGAAUCUCAGAACAGAAUAUUAGGCCUUGAUUGCAUUCAUCAUAUUAUUGAUAAUGUGACAAAAUCAGAACUGACAAUGUACAAUUUUCAUGAUGUCAUAAUUGAAGCAUUAAGACCUGUACUGUAUCAUAACGAACCGCAUGUAAUCUCACCGAUGAUAAAAACCUAUGUUGGACUCAUGAAUAAGCUUCAUCCUCAGCACCCCGUAACCAAUCUAGCAAGAAAUUGUUUUGAUGAUAUAUUUGAAAUAAUAUUGAAAAACAUGUACUUGGAGCAGAAUAUAAAUGUGAGGACUAUGUACAUAGAAUGUUUGCCGCUUCUCAUCAAGGCUAAAGGUCUGACGACACUUAGACAUGGAAAUCUGAUUUAUAAAAUUUUAGAAGAGUAUAUCUUAGACACUACAAGCAGACACUUGGCUUUGGAGGUGCUGAUUGAAGUGUUGAAAGUGAGCUGGCCAAGGAAAAAAUGGGUUUUCGAUUCUACGAUGAGAAUACUGCUUAAACUGAUUUACAACUAUACUAAAAAUCGAUCUGAACUUUCACCAGACAUGAUAGACAAAUUAAAGAUAAUCUUAGCAACAUUGACACAUCUCAGCCCUGACGAUGCAAAAUCUCUAAUCAACGACAUGAAGAAAUAUGACACGAUUGAUGGUUUCCACUCUGUACUAAUUUCAUUCUUUCCUCACGAACUGUCUGCUGAAUAAAAAUUGCAUCAAUAAUUAAUUUUCAAUCAAUAACUUUUUAUAAUAUAAUCUAUACAAGAGACUUACAAUGUGAUAUCAAAAUAUUGUGUGAUAUUUAAUCCUCAGAGAUAUUAUUUUUAUUUCAUUAAUAAAUUUUCAUUUUCUCAUUU